AUGGCUUCCCUUGCGACGGCGGCUCGUCUUUCUGCGAGGGUUGCUGGCCGGAGAAUACCCGCAGAGUCCACAGCUCGAGGCUUCCGGACUUCAGCACGAUGCCUCGCGGCCCAGAACUUCUCCAUGCCCGCCCUCUCCCCGACCAUGACGGAGGGCAGCAUCGCCAGUUGGAAGGUCAAGGAGGGUGAAUCCUUCUCCGCCGGCGACGUGCUCCUCGAGAUCGAGACGGACAAGGCUACCAUGGACGUCGAGGCCCAGGACGACGGCGUCAUGUUCAAGAUCACCACCGGCGACGGCGCCAAGGCCGUCCAGGUCGGCACCCGUAUCGCCGUCAUCGCCGAGCCCGGCGACGACCUCUCCUCUCUCGAGGUUCCCGCCGAAGACAACACCUCCUCCUCUUCGAAGCCCGCCCCGGCCGCCGAGAAGUCGGCACCCAAGAGCGACGGCCCCGCGGCGGCAUCGGCUCCCGCGCAGCAAAAGGGUGGCGCGGCCAAGACCUCCGGUUCCAAGGCCCGCGAGCAGCGAUACCCCCUCCUCCCCUCCGUCCAGGCCCUCGUCAACGGCCACGGCCUCGGCAAGGACGCCGUCAACCAGAUCGAGCCCACGGGCCCCAACGGCCGCCUCCUCAAGGGCGACGUCCUCGCCUACCUGGGCACCAUCAACGCCGAAACCCCCUCCAAGAUUAUGAACCGCGCCGUCAAGAUGUCCCACCUCGACCUAAGCAACAUCAAGGUCGCGCCCAAGAAGGAGGCCCCGGCACCCAAGAAGGCCGAGGCCGCCGCCGCCGCGCCCGCCGCCCCCGUCGACUCCGAGGUCGCCCUCCCCGUCUCCCUCGCAAAGGUCCUCGAGGCCCAGAAGCGCAUCCAGUCCACCCUCGGCGUCUUCAUGCCCGUCUCCACCUUUGUCGCCCGCGCCGCCGAGGUCGCCAACGACGACCUGCCCCCCUCGGCCCGCAAGGCCACCGCCGACGAGCUCUUCAACCAGGUCCUCGGCCUCGACAAGCUGGCGCCCCGCGGCUCCCGCGGAUACUACCUGCCCCAGAUCUCCGCCCUGCCCGAGUCUUCGCUCCUGGCGCCCCGCGCGUCCAAGAGAUCGUCCUCGGCUGAUAUCAUCGACUUCCUCGCCGCGCCCGCCAAGAAGGCCGUCUCCGCUAAGAAGCCGGUCGCUGCUCACCACACCCCUGGCAUGUCGUCCGGAAGCAACCUGUUCACCGUGACGGUGCCGCAGGGCGAUGAGAAACGCGCCAAGGUGUUUUUGGAGAGGGUCAAGGUGAUUUUGGAGGAGGAGCCUGGCAGACUUGUUCUACACUGGGGGUUUGGAGGAGGACAUGAGAACGAAAUAUUCAUCAUCACCAAACUGAGGAGACUGAUAGAAAUCUUUGUCUUACACCCGACGCGGUGGGAAGAGAAUGUACUUGUAGCGUGUUGUGGAAUUUUUCAGAUGAUCUUUCUAACCUUGCUGGUCGUCAAGAGCAGUGUCCGUACCAUAUUGGCCGAGCUGUCUCGUCCUGCAGCUGUCGAAAUGAGUUGCGACCUUGUUGGCACAGGCUCUCGUAUAUAUCUUGCCCAAGGGUGUUUUACGUGGGUUUUCACUCAAUGGACCUGGGAACGACAUCGCGGCGCUAUCAGUCUCCAACGUCUCCCCCUUUUCUACAUCAUCAAGUACGCGUCAGACAGUCGCGGUCCCGGUGCCUCUUCAACACGGAGUAGAGAACAUUUUAUCGAGAGCUGCGCUGACGAAGACUGGAUUUGUGUGGACUACGUUGGGAUUCUAUCUCCACUGGUGACUCUGCCCGCUUGA